AUGGCGGAUUCUAUACCCACCGAACAACAGCUUGCAGUGCAGUCCAUAAGGCGAUUUCUCAAGUCCAAGACGUCCUACGACGUACUGCCGGUUUCAUACAGAUUGAUAGUCAUGGACACAUCUUUGCUGGUAAAAAAGUCGCUGAACAUCCUGCUGCAGAACAACAUUGUGUCUGCGCCGCUAUGGGACUCGCACACGUCGAAAUUUGCGGGUUUGCUGACGUCGUCAGAUUUUAUCAAUGUCAUUCAGUACUAUUUUUCGAACCCUGACAAGUUCGAGCUGGUGGACAAACUGCAACUGGACGGGCUCAAGGACAUAGAGCGUGCAAUUGGCGUCAGACCGCUCGACAUGGGGUCGAUUCAUCCGUUCAAACCGCUGUACGACGCGUGUUGCAAGAUGAUUGAGUCCCGCAGUCGCAGAAUUCCGCUGAUCGACCAGGACGAGGAAACGCACCGUGAAAUCGUGGUGAGCGUGCUGACACAGUACCGUAUUCUUAAGUUUGUGGCACUGAACUGUCGCGAAACGCGGCGCCUGAGAAGGCCCAUUGGAGAACUGGGCAUAAUAACGACGGGCAAGCUGCUGAGCUGCAGCAUGCACACCCCUGUCAUCGACGUGAUCCAGCUGCUGACGCAGGGGGGCGUGUCGAGCGUGCCGAUUGUGGACGACCAGCGCCGGCUGGUCAACGUGUACGAGGCCGUGGACGUGCUGGGAUUGAUCAAGGGCGGAAUGUACAACGAUUUGUCGCUGAGCGUGGGCGAGGCGCUCAUGAGACGGUCGGACGACUUCGAGGGCGUGUACACGUGCACCAAGAGCGACAAGCUGUUCACCAUCAUGGAUACGAUUCGCAAGUCUCGUGUGCACCGGUUUUUUGUUGUCGACGACGAGGGUCUACUGACCGGCGUGCUGACGUUGAGCGACAUACUGAAAUACAUUUUGUUUGAGGAAAACUGA